CACCACCACCUGCCUCAAAUGUCAUAAUCACAGGCUAGUUUGCUGUUAGCGGCUUCUUCUAAGUAACUGUCGGCUUCCAGCCUUUUUGAGCGAAAGUCUUUAAGAUUAUCUACUGGCUUCCCCACAUCUCGUUGUCCUGACGACAUCACUGUAAGAUCGCGGUAGCUAACCAGGUCUCCUGUUUCCAAGGUAACAAGCGCUUUGCGACCUGCGGUUUGCAGCGGCCGCACUGCAGUCCCUGCAAGAGUUGCUAGGCGACAGCGGUGGGGAGAAGAGGUGGCUAGAGUGAUGACCUGGGCUGGUCUUGGAAGGGAAGCUAGCCCAUGCUUGGAGAAGUGUUGGGCCCCACGUUGAAGGGGCGCCGCCCGAAGCGACAGAACUGCUUCCCCUCCCCCCGCUGGAUUCAUGACUGGGGUGGAGUCCCCCGGUCGAGUAAGGUCGGCAUGGACCUGGAGGCCAGUGGCGAGGGACGUGCUUCUGGCUCGUGCCUUCCAUUCAUGCACGGAACUGCAGGGACGGUUCUAUCUGGUAGGGGGUCUCCUAGAAGGCGGUGCAAGAAUGCCCAGCAGCGAAACGGUGGUCUUCGACCCAGCUGGGGGCCAAGCAUUGCGACUGCCAGCCCGGGGCGGUCUCCUUCGCAGUCACCACGACGCGGCACUGGUGGGAGGACGUUGGCUGUGCGUGGUGGGUGGCUGGGACGGGUCACGUCGCUUAGCCACGGUGACCGCGCUGGACACUGAGAGUGGAGUGUGGGAGGUAUGGACUGCGAACCCUGACAGCUGCCCUCCUGUUGGCCUCAGCAGUCACACCUGCACUCGCCUCUCCGAUCGAGAGCUGCGGGUGUCUGGCAGGGAGGGUGGUAUCCGCACUCAGCGACGCUACGGAAGCAUCUACACCUUAAAGUUGGACCACAGCACCCGAACUUACUGCUACAAGGAAGAAGGCUACCACACGGCCUCACGAUCAGGUCACUGUGCUGCCCUGCUGCCAACUCCUGGACCCCACCCGGGGUAUCGGCUACUGCUCUUUGGGGGCUGCACCUCAGUUGAACCAGAGGUGGCAGGGCAAUGGAGCCACGGGAAAAUUAAGGAGCAGCCACUUGUUGCCCCUCGUUUAACGGAACAGCUCGCAAGGCUUGUGAGCAGCGGGCAGGGGCUGCAGCAGGGACCCCAGGGCCUGCGGCACCAUUCCUGUUCAGUGGUGGGACCCUUCGCUGUACUGUUUGGUGGAGAGACUCUGACCAGGGCUCGAGACACGAUCUGCAAUGACCUCUACAUCUAUGACACACGCAAGUCUCCGCCCCAGUGGUUCCACUUCCCCUGUGCAGACCGUGGACUGAAGCGCAUGGGCCAUCGCACUUGCCUUUGGAAUGACCAGCUUUAUCUGCUCGGGGGUCUUGGUGAGGACGGCAGGACAGCUAGCCCACAGGUUUGCAUCCUUGAGCUCCUCAUCUGA